AAACUAGAUGUAAGAGUUACAAUGAUUAGCGAGGUUCCAGUAGAUAGAUUGGCGAAUGUGAGGAAUCUGGGGAAGAUCUCAAAGUCCACUGGAGACUUGUUCUUGGCGACGUGGCCAGUCGGAAAAGGGGUUAGAUGAUAGGCGUCGAUGGCGUAAGUGGAAGCUAGCGUCGACAAGGGCCAAUCAAUAGUAGCGAAAGACAGGAUUCAAAGGUCCUUGCGUGAUUGAUGAAGUCAUUUGACGAUAACUUUCUUCAACUUCAACUCCUUCACGCGAUUUGACUCUUGUCUUCCCGUAACGUAUCAGCUAUCCCCUACUACUAUGUAGGAUACGAAAAGUUGAUUGAAAGGUUCAAUGGCCCAGGGCCAGCUAAGGAAGGAUGGAUUUAAAUCGAUUUCAGCCCCAGUCUCAAUUCCAGCUGGAUCCUAGCCCGUAUAAAAAGCAAAGGGUUCCCCUCAGCCGACAGUGGUCCGCCACCAAGAAUGCCCUGAACAUACUAUCCGUCGCAUUCUGCGUCAUCAUACUAGGAAUCGCAAUUGAACUUUCAGUCAAUCCAUCUGUCCAGAGUUAUAUCGCAGUCUGGACCGCGCCACAAGCUGGUGUAGCUUUACUCUGGUCCGCUGGUACACUCAUCACGACAUACACAGCAAGACGGGAUGGCCGGGAUAUCCACCCAGGCGCUCAAGUGGCGGUCCAGCUCAUAUUAUGGCUCGGUUUUAGCGUUGGCGUAGGAUUGACGGCUUAUAUUUUGAAAUUCGCGCUCGAGUUCGCCGGUUUCGAAGAUCGCCAUGCACAUCCACAGCUCCACGAUUAUUACUACCCUCAUAACGAUGGCUAUGAAUACUAUAGCGGUUACUAUAUCCACUCCAUGGAAGCCAUAAUAACAUUUUUAUCCCUUCUAGUAAUUGUUCACUUAUCCCUUUUUGCUUGCGCCUGUGUGGAAACUAUCAAGCAGAGGAGGACGAAUAACAUCCCAUCCUUCGAGAUGUCUUCGGAAAAUACUGGGCACAUAAAGCAGUAACUGUUCAGGCGCUAGGGAUCUGCGGAAUACAGAGACGAGGGAGGUUCGGCCUAAUGUUGUGUGUCCAACUUCAGUGUCAGAAAUGUGUUCUAGCCGCCAGCGCUGAAGAA